AUGAUCACCCUGGCGCCCAACGUCUACGUGGCAAAAUAUCUCAAGGCCACAGGAAAGAUGACACCAGACCAGCGAGAGCGCAUCAUCAACAACAUGGUGGUAGGCUUGAAGGGCACCGUCCGCGGUGGGUGCGGAAUGCAGCGAUGGUCCACCACCAAGUGGGGAUGA